AUGUCCACGGAAAGUUCAGAAAGCGACACAGACAUCGGAGAAGAAAUUGCACAUGAACUUGAAGAACCGCAAAUAAACAUGGCUGCCGCCGCCCCAUCGUUAAUUCCAUUUCCUCAAAAACUUGAUCUUGAUGGAAAUAUUGCGACGAAUUGGAGAAAAUUCAAAAGAACAUGGGACAACUACGAAAUUGCGUCAGGACUAUCAGAAAAAGAUGGAAAAUUACGCACAGCAACACUUUUAACUUGCGUCGGAUCAGAUGCAAUGGACAUUUUUGACGGGUUCGCGUUUGAAGAAGAAAAUGACAGGAAAGAUAUUGCAAAAGUAAUUGAGAAAUUCGAAGCAUUUUGCGUAGGAAAAACAAAUGAAACUUUUGAAAGGUACUCUUUCAAUAUAUGUGAUCAAAAAGAAUGCGACAGUAUUGAUGGAUACGUGUCAAAACUAAGAAAACUCGCGAAAACGUGCAAUUAUGGACAACUUGAAGAAAGCCUCAUCCGUGACAGAAUCGUGUGUGGAGUAAGAGACAACACUUCGCGUAAGCGCCUACUUCAAGAAGAUGGACUGACUUUACAAAAAAGUAUAGACUUGUGUCGCUCAUUCGAGUCAACAACGAAAAAACUACAAACAAUGGCAGGAUCUAACGGGAUAAAUGAAAGUACAGACAUUAAAGCGGUAAGACACAAAACUACUAAAUUUCAAAAGCGUAGUCAAUACAAGCAUGAUAAACAAUCAGACAAUAAGAAAUUUACAAAGAAAGCAAACAAUUGUGAUUAUUGUGGAAGGCAAUGUGAGAAAGGAAAGUGCCCCGCAUAUGGCAAACAAUGCAAUUCGUGUGGAAAAUAUAACCACUUUUCAUCUCAAUGCAGACAAGGAAAGUACAUGAAAAGACGCUCUGAAGUAAAACAUGUCAGUGCAAAUGUUUACACAGAUGACAGCGAAAGUGAAUUCGAAAUCAACACAGUAGAAUCAAGUGAAAUAAACAUGGUGCAAAGCAAAAUAUUCGCUAAGAUGCUUUUAAUUGAUCAAAACAAGCAGAUAAAAUUCCAAUUAGAUAGCGGUGCAACAGCUAAUCUAAUUCCGAAGUCACUGGUGCAUGAGUCACUCAUUGAAGAAACUGAUAACACACUAACGAUGUAUAAUAAAUCGCAGAUGUCAGCGUAUGGAAUUUGCACGCUACGGUUGAAAAAUCCUAAAACAAACAAACGAUAUAAUGUGAAAUUUAUAGUUGUCGGUGAUGAAUACACACCUCUGCUGGGGUCAAAGGCAAUCCAGCAUAUGAGUUUGAUCAAGAUACAGUUUCACAACAUACUGACAUGUGAAAAGGGAGAUAACGUGAACGAUUUUUCAAUGCAGAACAUUGUCAAAGAAUAUGCAGAUAUAUUUGACGGAGAAGGAAGCUUUCAAGGAAAUUUGCACCUUGAAAUUGAUGAUACAAUCACACCCGUGAAGUCACCGUUAAGACGCAUACCAAUCGCGAUGAAGCCGAAAUUGAAAAGUGAACUUCAACGAUUAGAAACGAACGGAGUGAUUAAAGCGGUUGAUACGCCAACAGACUGGGUAUCAAGUCUUGUAACUGUCAAGAAGCCGAAUGGGAAACUUAGAAUAUGCAUAGACCCAAAGCCUCUUAAUAAAGCGUUAAAGAGAUGUCACUACCCUCUUCCGAUCAUAGAUGAUUUAUUGCCCGAGCUGAAUAAAGCGAAAAUAUUCAGUAAAUGUGAUGUUAAAAACGGAUUUUGGCAUGUGAAUAUGGACGAAUCGAGUAGUUACUUGACUACAUUUGAAACACCGUUUGGUCGCUUCCGAUGGAUGAAAAUGCCUUUUGGAAUCUCGCCCGCCCCUGAAUAUUUUCAACAAUUUCUAGAGCGCGAAAUCGAAAAUUUACCAGGUGUACGCACAGUCGCGGACGACAUUCUUAUAUACGGUGAAGGAGAUACGGUAGAAGAAGCAACUGCCGAUCAUGACAUUAAGCUCAAAGCAUUUCUCGACCGAUGCCGUUCUAGAAAUAUUAAGCUAAACCGAGACAAAUUUCAGUUACGCCUUACUGAAAUGCCUUAUAUCGGACACCUACUUACAGCAGACGGUGUUAAGCCCGGUCCGGAGAAAAUAGCUGCAAUAACGCAAAUGGACAAACCGAAAGAUGUGAAAGGAGUUCAACGUUUACUGGGAAUGGUAAACUAUCUCACGAAAUUUAUGGAAAAUCUAAGCGAUUUGUGCGAGCCGAUCAGAAAUCUAACACACAAAGAAAAUGCGUGGAACUGGACAGAUGAUCACGAUAACGCGUUCGCACGAAUUAAAGACGCAAUAACCAAAACGCCAGUGUUAAGAUACUUCGAUCCGAAACUUAGCACAACCCUACAAUGUGACGCGUCCGAAACCGGACUUGGUGCAACGUUAAUGCAAAACAACCAACCAAUCGCAUACGCAAGUCGAGCGUUGACUAAAACAGAACAAAAUUACGCACAGAUUGAAAAAGAACUGUUAGCUGUUGUAUAUGGUAUGGAAAAGUUUCACCAAUACACUUACGGUAGAAACGUGUUUGUGGAAAGCGACCACAAACCACUUGAAAUUAUCUACAAGAAGCCACUGUUUCAAGCGCCGAAACGACUCCAACGAAUGCUCUUGAGAUUACAACGAUAUUCAAUAGAAAUAAACUACAAACCAGGAAGAUACAUGUAUAUAGCAGAUACUUUAUCACGUGCGUACCUGACCAAUGGAAAAAACAAAUCGGAAAAGCAGGACGAGAUAUGUCAUGUAAGAUCGGACAUUGAAAUAGAACUUGAAAACAUCAACAUGGGGGAUUACCUUGCAAUAUCAGCAAAACGUCAGAAAGAUAUUGCCGACGCGACAAUGAAAGACCCUGUAUUACUCAAACUUAUCGACAAGGUAGCUAAAGGAUGGACCGAGAUAAAUACUCAACAGGAUAUCGCGCCGUACUAUCACAUCCGCGACGAACUGUCGAUACAAGGUGGAAUUAUUUUCAAAGGGGACCGUUGUGUUAUUCCUAAGUGCAUGCGGACAGAAAUUUUAGAAAAAAUUCAUACACAUAUCGGUAUAGAAGGAUGUUUAAAAAGAGCUCGUGAAUGUGUAUAUUGGCCGCGUAUGAAUAGUGAAAUCCGAGAUUACAUCAGCAAAUGUGAAACGUGUCAAUCAUACGGAAUGAAACAACAAAAAGAGACUCUAGUGUCACACGUUAUUCCAGACCGACCUUGGGUUAAAGUAGGAACAGAUCUAUUCUCGUUAAACGAUCACGAUUAUUUGAUUACGGUGGACUAUUUUAGUAGUUAUUUUGAAAUUGACAGAUUAAGUGACACUACAUCAAAAACAGUAAUCAACAAAUUGAAACAACACUUUGCGCGUUACGGAAUUCCACAAUUCGUUUGCUCGGACAACGGACCACAAUAUUCAUCUGAGGCAUUCCGCGAAUUCAGUAAUAAAUGGGACUUUAAACAUAUAACCUCAAGCCCAAGACAUCCACAAUCGAAUGGAAAGGUGGAAAACGCGGUGAAAACAGCAAAGCGUUUGAUGAAAAAAGCCAAAAAUUCGCAAUCCGAUCCUUUAAUAGCGAUUUUAAAUUAUCGAAACACUCCUCAACAAAGUACAAACUAUAGCCCGGCUCAACAACUUAUGAAUAGGAGAACUCGAACAUUGCUACCAACCAAAUCUAGUUUACUCAAACCGGAACUAGCCGAAAGUGUGCGCGAGAAUAUUGAAAAAAGUAAAAUAAGACAAUCUUAUUAUUACAAUCGCGGUGCGAGUGAUCUUAAACAACUCAAACGUGGAGAUAUUGUCCGAAUCGCACCGGAAAGUAAGAAACAGUGGGAAAAAGGAAUUGUCACGAACACUCACAGUGCAAGAUCAUACGACCUUAGAAAAGAAAAUGGACAAAUGAUACGCCGAAACCGACGAGCCGUGCGAAAAACAAAUGAACAAUACAAACCGUUUAAUGAACCGGAGAACAUAGAAGUUAAUGUAGAUGUUCCUAAAACUGACAAUCAAGACAAUCAAAACGAGACGCUAAACAAUUCAAGAGACGAAACAGAAUCGGUACCGUCCGACCCAAUGGUUACACGCUUCGGGAGAAAGAUCGAAAGACCAGCAAAAUACAAAGACUUUAUUAUGAACUGA